AUGGUACUUGUUGGAGAAGUGGAUACCUCUCUACUAGACCACAGGGAUCGAAGGCAAAUUUGGGAAAGACGAUUUUAUCGGUUGAUCGGCAGUCAAUUCAUUGGCUAUGCGUACGAAGAAGAAGAACCUUGGGUUCCAAGAGAACGUUACGAUAUUGCUGACGCUGUACGGCUCAGUGCUGCUGUAGACCAGGUUAUUGUUACACUUGAAGAUAUACCAGAAGAUGGACGUCUCUUCCAAACCGAGACAAUUUGGGAGGACAAUAGACGUGGAUUCUUCCGCUUGGCAUUCCCUGACUUCCAUUUGGAUUGUGUGAGUGAUCAAGUGGAAGAAAGUGAGGAGUGGGUAAGAGCUCUACGAUCAAUGAUUGGCCGUAUCCCUUUGAGAAUACCUUUUACAGUAUAA